AAUAACACAGUUACAGAUGUAAGAGUUUUGUUAGUGAUACUGAAGUCCUUCUUUUCUUUAGAUGCAAAGCUUUGCACUAAAUGCCCAGAAGAUCAGCAUGCAAAUCAAGUGCGAGACAAAUGUAUCCCCAAAACGAUAACAUUUCUGACUUAUGAAGAAACCUUGGGGAUUGUCCUGGUUUCCUUUGCCCUCUUCUUGUCCUUGACCACUGGCAUUGUGCUAGGAAUCUUCAUUAAAUACAAGGAAACUCCCAUAGUCAAAGCUAACAAUCGAGACUUAUCCUAUAUCCUCCUCAUCUCCCUCCUGCUUUCCUUUUUGUCCGCCUUCCUGUUCAUUGGCCGGCCAAGCAAAGUGACCUGCCUUCUCCGACAAACAGCCUUCAGCAUCAUAUUUUCAUUCGCUGUCUCUUCUGUGUUGGCAAAAACCAUCACUGUGGUGCUGGCCUUCUUGGCCACAAAGCCAGGGAACAAGGCGAGGAGAUGGCUGGGGAAGAGUCUGUCCAACUCCAUUGUCCUUUCCUGUUCUAGUAUGCAAAUUGUCAUCUGCACCAUCUGGCUGGGAAUUUCCCCACCCUUCCCAGACUCCGACAUGCACUCACAAGUUGGAGAGAUAAUUCUUCUAUGCAAUGAAGGAUCUGUUGCCAUGUUUUACACUGUCCUUGGCUACAUGGGCUUCCUGGCAGCCAUCUGCUUCACGGUGGCUUUCUUAGCCAGGAAGCUUCCAGGGUCUUUCAAUGAAGCCAAGCUGAUCACCUUCAGCAUGCUGGUCUUCUGCAGUGUGUGGGUGUCCUUUGUGCCCACUUACCUGAGCACCAAGGGGAAGUACAUGGUAGCUGUGCAGGUCUUCUCUAUGUUGGCCUCCAGUACUGGGCUUCUGGGCUGCAUCUUCAUUCCCAAGUGCUACAUUAUCAUAUUCCAGCCAGAUCUGAACACAAAAGCACAUCUAACUACAAAAAGUGAAGGAAGUUUCUGAUUCUUAGCUUCACAUAAAAUAUGAUGUUGUUAACGUUUACCCUACCCUGGUUUGUGUCAGGGAAACUGGAAACAUUAUUAAGUCAUAGAACCACAAAUGAUAUAAGUGUGUGUGCAAUUGUCUUGCCACAAACCUCUUCACCCUUGAAAAUGACUCUAUGGAACAGUCUUAAAUUUGCAGAGGAAAACGUGUAAUCUAACAAAGUGAUAAUAUGAAUGGACCCUCCUUUUUUUUGAAUUGUAAGUUUUAUUGUAUUAAUCCUAGUACAUUCUUAUAUACAUUAUAUACAUUUUUGUAUACGUAUACAAUAUUCCAUUUCAAAUGUUAAGAAAUAAAGAU